AUGCAAGACGACCGUAAAAUAUCGCUAAAAGCCGACGAAAUCGAAGCGUUUGACGAGGUAUUUAUUUAUGCGGACGACGUUUAUGAAACGGCUUCGAAGCACCACCAAACUCAACAGUUGCGGGUGUGGGAGGGUCAAAAUAUUUACAGAGACCCAAAAAAUUCGAAAUAUUACGAGUUGGAAAAACGCGAAGUCAUCACAACCGUCAACAACUUCAUGACUAAACUUUACAUUGAGAGUCAGCGUUUGAAAAGCAAUGAAAACCUACCGCAAGAUCAGCGGGACGACGUGGAAGAUCGGUUGAUGGACCAAAUCGAAAUCGGACAGGACUUGCUGACAAGGCUGAGAAAUUUGCUCACCAUGGAAAAGACCGACGCCGUCAUGGAUCACUCGUUGAACAGGACUAGAUUUUUCAAAAUGGACGAUUACAACAGAGCACAAGAAGCGGAAAAGGAAACUAAUCGGCAGAUAGCGAUGGCCGAGAAAAGGGAAAAGGUGAAAUGGCUGGGCGACAUCAUUGAGUCCAUGACGGCGAGGUACAACGCCGUGGUGGACGUUAUUAACGCUCCCGGUGAUUACAAGUUCUUGGACGAGUUUAAAAUUAACACGACGCCGAUGGAAUUGAAGAAAAACGUCCCGAGAAAGAAGAGAGACGCCAAGAACGAAAGAGACGGCAACAAGGAGUGUAGCAUUCUAGGAUCGCCGGUCGACAUACUUAACAGUAGGAUCAUCGAACCAGAAGUCAAACCGACAUACCGAAUCAUCGGGACGGACGUGACCAGCUACAAAACCGUGUACAACUAUUCUUGUACACUGUACGGCUUAUACGCCGAAGGAAAAGGCUCGAAGAAAGAAAAAGCCAAAGAAGAUGCGGCGACCGAAAUGAUAAGACUCAUACUCAACGAACAAACCGAUAAAACACUGUCCAAUCAGUUGAAACCUUUCAACGAACAAGAGGUAAUCGAAUUGCAAACCAUUAUCAAAGGCAAACAGAACUAUUCGGAGUUUUUGGAAGAAUCGUCCAAAGAAGAAAUUCCAUUGGAAAACGAAGUGAAAAUAAAAGACAUAAGACUAAAAUAGCCCACGUCGUGAUCAACGACCGCCGAAGCAAACGCUUACUUAUUAAAUUCGA